AUGGGGCCCCCGGGCAAUAGGGGAUCAUGGGGCCCCUGUGUCCUUGCCCAAACUCAAAAAAGCCUAUGAAAAAGUUUGACAGGUAGUGCCCGAGUUAAAAUUGCCAUUGCCAUGAAGCAAAGCAUUGCAGCCAUGGAAUGCACAAGGAGAACAUGCAAACUCCAGGACAGGGGCGGACUGACAACUCAUGGGGCCCCCCGGGCAAUAGGGGAUCAUGGGGCCCCUGUGUCCUUGCCCAAACUCAAAAAAGCCUAUGAAAAAGGUACCAGGGGCAUCUCAUGGGGCCCCCUACUGACCCUGGGCCCUCGGGCAGUGCCCGAGUUUCCAAAUGGUCAGCCCGCCCCUGCU